AGUCCUGUCCUCGCGUCCAGGUGCCCCCCUCGCAGAUGACGCUGCUGAUGCUGCCAAGUGUCCCGCUGCUGAGGGUGUUGGCCAUGCUGGAGCCCAAGGACCUGAUCGCCGCCGGGCGGGCGAGUCCCCGGCUGGGCGCGCUGACCCGGGCCAACACGUCGCUGUGGAAGGAGUCUGAAGUCUGGGACCAGGACGUCAUGACGCUGCUGCAGGUCAUCCCUCCCGUGGACACGUUGAAGGCCGAAGUUGAGCCGUUGUUUUCGGUUUCGGGCGAACCGUUGUCGGUGCCGCUGCGGCCCAGGGACGCCAGUGGUACUCCCGACCCAACUUUCUCCUACCCCCGUUACUCAGGGAGUGUUCUUGUGGGGAGACGCAGCGAGCUGGUGCUGAAAGAGAGCAAGUCUUGUUACUACUCCGAGUUUAUCGCCGUCAGCCUCAUCUGGGAGCUGGCACCGAGGCUGAAGCACCUGGAGGUCUCACAGCUAGAGCUGGGCAUUUUCCUACAGUUCUUGGAGAGCGCCUUUUGCCUGGAGACACUACGCAUCCGUAAUCUUUGCACGUAUAGCAAGAAUGCCAGCGUGCCCUGGCCGCAGGAUGUGAGGGUGCCCAGGCUGCACACGGUUAGUUUGAGCGGCCGCUGCCCCGAUAGAGAUGUCACUGCCCUCCGCUCGCUGCUGCUGGCGCACAGGGGACAGCUGCGCCAUGUGGACCUGUCGGACCUGAGUUCACCGCUGCCGCUCCUGGACGCUUGCCCCGACAACCUCCACCGGUUGGGCGUGAAGGUAGAGGACGCAGAAUCGUGCGUGGCUGUGGCCAAGACACUGCACCGGAUGCAAGGACAGUUGAAGGAGCUGAAGAUGAACUUUCGCUUUGCUGAUGCUGAUUUGGUACAAGACUCGCUGGCUUCGUGGGGCGGCCCUCUCGAACGCCUUGAGUUUGAGAACUACUACCCCGAAACGCUACGCGUUGUGGGUGCGGGUGGGCUCUCGGGACUCCAGCACCUUGUUCUGGUGCGGCCCAGGGGUGAUGAUCCUGGUGAGGUGUCGGCAGCCCUGUCCGGCCUUCCCCGGCUGCGCUCCCUGGUCCUGCGGGCCGGACUGUGCAUGCUGCCGCCCGAGGCGUUCCUGGACAUUCCGGCCGCCAACCCCGACCUCGAGCUGCUCGUCGUCGUGGGCAUCACCAAGUACAAUUGCUUGUGUCUUUACAAAGGUGAGUCGUUGGAAUGA